AUCUGUUGCAUUUUUUGCCCGUAUUUCUGUUGUAUAACAUCUUAAAAGGAUAAAUGCCAAGGGAGAGAAGAACUGCAGCAAAAUUCAAAGGGGAUCCUGAUGGACCCGGAGAACUGAAAAAUUGUGGUCAACCAGAAAGUCCUUCUUCCAAGAAGCGACGAACUGUCAACACACCUAAUCACGCAAGUCCAGCUUUGCAAGACCUUAUUCCACCUCAACCUUUAACUGGAUUUGGUGAAACAAUUGUAGCCAGUAAUCCUUUCGAUGACACAAUUCCUGCUUCAGCAGCAACUACUGUCCCGAAUAUGCCUGUAUCAGGCUUAACGCACAUGACUGGUCCACCAAUGCAUAAUAAACCUGUGCCAAUUUCAUCUGGAAAGAUUUAUCCUCCAGACCAGUGUAUGGUUUUUAAUCCCCAAAAUCCAAAUGCACCUCCCAUAUAUCCUUGUGGCAUAUGCCACAAGGAAGUUCAUGACAAUGACCAAGGCAUUCUGUGUGAAAGUGGAUGCAACUUUUGGUUCCAUAGAAUUUGCACAGGGCUGAGUGAUGCUGCUUUUCACCUGCUCACCGCCGAAGUUUAUGCUGAAUGGGUCUGUGACAAGUGCCUUUCUACUAAAAACAUCCCUCUUGUUAAGUUUAAACCUUGAUGCGCUGAAAGUGCCUUAACUGCCUCUAGUUUUUACACACAAAAGACAAUUUUUAUCUUAUGUACAAAUUGUUUGAUGCACAGAAUAAUAAUUUUAAUACUGUUUGUUUGAUGUUAUUGUGUAUGUUACUGAGAAGAAUGUCUUGUAGAAGAAUAAUGUACUUAAAAGUUAGUUUUUAGUAUUCCUACAUGUUUCUGGAUUCGUUAUAACAAGUUAUUUAAAUUAUAUCGCCUUUCAUAGAAACUAUCAAAAUAAUUCAUUCCCCCAUGUUGUUUUCCUAAAUCAGUGGAACACUCUUAUCCAGAUGCAAUGAGACGUUGUUUGCAAAUAGUUAUUUGAAGGUUUUGUACUAUGAUUAUUUGUUUUAUUAAACUUUUCUUAAAUAUAGUAUCAGCAAACAUACUUUUUAUUAAAAUUUCAGGACACAAAUGUAACUUUUUGACUUUGAUAAGAAGAUGUGUUUAUUUCUUAACGAAAGUAUUAAAAUGGAACAGGUAUGAAGUCUGCUGGUUAUUUAUAAAAAUGUUUUGUCCACAGUACUUUUUCUUUUUAAUCAUUUCAUUUUCAAAAUCCGUUUUUAAAAUUUUAUUUGGGAGCUUUAUAGUGUAUGUAACUAUAUUUUCACAAAAAAAAAAGAAGAAGAAGAAGAAGGGAUACUAUUAUGAGUUUUUAUCAUUUUAUAGCACUUCUACAGGACAACAGUCUGUCUCAAUUAAUCUCAAUAAAAGUUUCCACUGUAUUUUGGUUAUUGUUAUGAAACAAUUUAUAAUUGCCAAUGUUAUAUGAGAUAGGGAUUUUAUUUUUUAUGUUUUCUUCAUCUUCACACUGAAAUAGUACAUUUCAAUUAUAUUUCCUUCUUGUACAAUUGAUUGUUGAACUCUUUAAUAGUUAUGUUUUCAUAUGAAUAAAAA